GAAAGGAAGGGAAGAGAGAGAAAUUGCCAGUGUCGAAAACGAAGUGUGUGAGAGAAAGAGAGAGCGAGAGGGAGACUGGUUGCAGACUGACUUUCAGACAACUGGGAGAGGAAGCUAAGAGCUUUUUACCGUCGCCAUCUCAAUCAUGACUUCGGAGGGGGAGUUUUGAAGUGCCGCUGUUGAGAAAGCCCAACCAUUUGCACUCUGAGGAGGCGGAGGCGUGCUUUUGAACCAAGGUGUUGCCCCACCCAACCCAGCUGAUACCAGAUGGAGGUGGACGCGGUUGAGAAGCGCCAUCGGACGCGUUCCAAAGGGGUUCGAGUUCCGGUGGAGACGGCAGCACAGGAGUUAUUCAGCUGCCCUACACCAGGAUGUGAUGGAAGUGGACAUGUCAGUGGCAAAUACGCCAGACACCGAAGUGUCUAUGGCUGCCCCCUGGCCAAGAAGAGGAAGACCCAGGAGAAACAGCCUCUGGAGCCUUCCCCCAAGAGGAGGCCCUACUUAACCCCUACCGACCCAGAGCUGAACCCUGCUGCCAUGUUCCCCUCCUAUGAGCCUGAACCCAUGGACGAGGGAGAGGAGAAGGAGCAGGGGGAGGUAGAUGGGGAGAUUCAGGAGGAAGGAGAAGAGGAGGAAGGGGAGGAGGGGGAAGAGGUAGAAGAGAUAGAGGAGGAAGGAUUUUCUGAGGAUAACGGGGAGCUAGGUGAGGAAGAGGAGGAAGGAGAAGAGGCAGAUGAGGAGGAGGAUGAGGUGGAGAUGGAGGUAGUAGGGCCAGUGGAGGUGGAACAGGUGGAGGAAGGGAUAGAGGAAGAUGAGGAAGCAGAUGAUGGGGAUGAUGAAGAGCAAGAGGAAGGGGAGGAGCAAGAGGAAGAGGAACAGGAGGAUGAGGGUGACGAAGAUGAACAUGAGGAGGAAGAAGAGGAGGAGGAGGAAGAAGAGGUCCAGAGUCACCAUGAGCCAGAGAACCGGCACAAAAAUGGCGGACAAUCAAAGCAUCACCCUACGGGACAGAAGGAUAACAUCAACAACAGCGCCCCUGGCCCUAACGUCGGCCCUAAUGGUGAAGAGUAUGAAAACUAUGAUGAGCUGGUGGCCAAGUCCCUUCUCAACCUGGGGAAGAUCGCCGAGGACGCCGCCUACCAGGCCAUGACCGAGUCAGAGAUGAACAGCAACUCCUCCAACAGCGCCGGCGAGGACGAUGAUGACGAUGAUGAUGACGAAGAGGGCAACGAGCGCGGCGGGGGCAGGAAGGGCAAGCUGAGCGUGGAUCUGGACAGCGACGUGGUCAGGGAGACGGUGGAUUCGCUCAAGCUGUUGGCGCAGGGCCACGGCGCUGUGCUCCCCGACGAUGGCUACCCAGAAGGCGCCGGUUUGGAGGAUGGCAGGCAUCCCAAUGGGCGACCCCACCACCAUGGCGUCAGGGGUCAGGCUGAGGAGAGCGAGGAGGAGGUGUGCCUCAGCAGUCUGGAGUGUCUGAGGAACCAGUGCUUCGACCUGGCCCGCAAGCUGAGCGAGACGUCGCCUUCCGACCGCCUUGGACACCCCGGCCUGCAACACCACCAGGCCCAUCAGAACCACCACCCUAACCAGUCCCACCACCACCUGCAGCAUCAAACCGUCCACCAUCACCACCAGGCUCAGCACCAGCCUCCGGCUCAGGCCCACCACCUGCCCAGGUACGAAAGCUGCCAGGAGGGCCAGCAGCCAGACGAGCGUGGGUCCCUGGAGCGCAGCUACUCGGACAUGGUCAACCUGAUGAAGCUGGAGGAGCAGCUGAGCCCGGCCUCCAGGGGGGGCUACUCGGCCAGCUGCCACCAGGACGGGGACGAGGACACCACAUCGGUGGCCUCGGACCGCUCGGACGAGGCCUUCGACAUGACCAAAGGCAACCUGUCCCUGCUGGAGAAGGCCAUCGCCAUGGAGUCAGAGCGAGCCAAGGUCAUGAGGGACCGCAUGGCCUCGGAGGGACAUCAUAUGGUGGCCCGAAGGGACAAUCAUCAUCACCACCACCACGGCGAGCACAGCCCCAGRCAGAGCAGCGGGGCGGAGGAGCGCAAGUCCAGAAUGCACCACGAUGGGUCAAAGAGAGCAUACUACCCUAAAGAUUCUGCAAGGGGGGACAAGAAGGAGAGUAAGUGUCCGACMCCGGGCUGCGAUGGGACAGGCCACGUCACGGGUCUCUACCCCCACCACAGGAGCCUGUCAGGCUGCCCCCACAAGGACAGGGUGCCACCAGAGAUUCUUGCAAUGUAUGAAAAUGUUCUAAAGUGCCCUACUCCUGGCUGCUCGGGGCGUGGCCAUGUCAAUAGCAACAGGAACUCCCACCGCAGUGCAGAGAAGAUGGUUAAAGUCCAGGAGAAGCACAUCCCAUGUGACGGGGGCCCCAAGUCCAACCAGGCUUCAGACCGUGUGCUGAGGCCAAUGUGCUUUGUGAAACAGCUGGAGAUCCCACAGUACGGUUACAAAAAUAACGUCUCCACCAGCACGCCGCGCUCCAACCUGGCCAAGGAGCUGGAGAAGUACUCCAAGACCAGCUUCGACUACGGCCAAGGCUACGACAGCCAGCAACACRUCUACGGUGGGGGGAAGAGAAGCCUGGUCCCCAAGCCCCAAGGACGGGACUUCUCGUCUAAGGCAUAUGAUGCCAAGCGCUACUGUAAGAGCCCAGCCAGCAGCACGACGAGCAGCUACGCUCCCAGCAGCAGCAGUCUGAGCUGCGGAGGGGGAGGGGGCGGCAGCAGCGCCAGCAGCACCUGCAGCAAAAGCAGCUUCGACUACACACACGACAUGGAGGCUGCCCACAUGGCCGCCACGGCCAUCCUCAACCUGUCCACGCGCUGCAGGGAGAUGCCCCACGGCCUGGGAGGCAAGCCCCAGGAUCUCCUCUCCCAGAGUCCUGAUGGGGACGUGGAUGACAACAGUACCCUGGACCUGAGUGUGAGCCGUGGGCAGCCUGGGGGUCCUGAGGGGAGUGGCACGGUGCUGACGCCCCUGCAGCCCAUGUCCCCCCAGCGCCAGGCCCUGCUMAACAGCAGCCGCUGCUACCAGAUGAGUGAGGCCGACUGCUGGGACCURCCAGUGGACUACACCAAGAUCAAGCGCAUCACUGACGACGAUCACAAAGAGGUCGAUGACCUGGACCCAUUCCAGGACCUUCUGGAUGAGCAGCACUAUGGAGGGGACGUGACCAUGCCCAGCCCCAAACACAAGUACUCCGUCUGCAAGGAGGGCAAGAAGGAACUCAUCACUCUCUCAAACUGCCAGUUAGCUGACAAAAGCAUCCGCAGUAUGAUGACAACCAAUGCCCAAGACCUCAAGUGUCCCACUCCGGCAUGUGACGGGUCUGGACACAUCACUGGGAACUACGCCUCGCACAGGAGUCUGUCAGGCUGUCCACGGGCGAAGAAGAGCGGGAUCAAGAUACUGCACAGCAAGGAGGACAAGGACGACCAGGAGCCAAUUAGGUGUCCAGUCCCAGGCUGUGAUGGACAGGGUCACGUGACGGGGAAGUACGCGUCCCACCGCAGCGCGUCGGGCUGCCCCCUGGCGGCCAAGCGGCAGAARGAUGGCUACGUCAACGGCUCCCAGUUUGCAUGGAAGUCCGGGAAGACAGAYGGCAUGUCGUGCCCGACCCCGGGCUGCGAUGGAUCAGGACAUGUCAGCGGGAGCUUCCUGACCCAUCGGAGUCUUUCUGGUUGCCCCCGUGCCACCUCAGCCAUGAAGAAAGCCAGAAUGACUGGGGUAGAAAUGUUAACAAUCAAGCAACGAGCAAGCAAAGGAAUAGAAAAUGAUGAGGACAUCAAACAGCUGGAUACAGAAAUCAAAGAUCUAAAYGAAUCAAACAAUCAAGUGGAAUCAGACAUGAUCAAACUUAGGACACAAAUCACCACUAUGGAGACUAACCUGAAGUCCAUAGAGGAGGAGAACAAAGUUAUUGAGCAGCAGAAUGAUUCCCUACUGCAYGAACUAGCCAACCUCAGCCAGUCUCUCAUCAACAGCUUAGCUAAUAUCCAGCUCCCACAUAUGAAACCGAUGCCACAGAAAGAGGCCCCAGUUAAACAUAGCUGCUGUUUACAGAUGCCCCACAGAGAGCCAAUGAAUGAACACAACUUUGAUAGUUAUGUGAAUACUUUGACAGAUAUGUACACCCAUCAGGACCAAUACCAGAGUCCAGAGAACAAGGCCCUAUUGGAGAACAUCAAACAAGCGGUGCAAGGCAUCCAAGUGUAGUAGCCUAUCUACCUGCGAAAAAGGCACUGUCAGAGGCUAAAUCAAAUGAUGUUAAAGCAACGAAAAAGGGUCAAAAGAGAGAAUGGAUCAGGAUUUUUUUUGCUGCUGUAAAUUACCAUCAUGUUUCUUUUAUUACACUGUUAUGCUCUGAGCUCCAUGGUUAUGAUAUUUUUGCCUUGCUUUAAAAAUAGUUCCCAAUGGCAAAAGUUUAAAAGAACAUACACGUUUUGUACAUUUUCAUAUGACCUAAUAUAACGCGAUGUACUGUUUAUAGCUGCUAAUGUAUGCACAUUUUUGUGUAUAUGUAUUUAUUAAUUGUACGCUUGUUUCAUUCAUUAUUUGAACGCUUAUUGAUAAAAAGGACUAAACUGAGUCCCAUGGGUCGGGAGCCAGAUGAGGGCAAUGUGAGGAGCAAUCAUUUUUAGAUAAGCGUUUCUUUUUGUGAUUUAAUAGAAUACAAAAAAAGACCUUUGGUGUGAAGAUUGUUUAAUGGAUGUAAAUGUAUCGAUUUUUGUAACAAUGUUUGAAAAAACUCUUUGUCUUCAGUGGUCUGUGUGGAGACUAAUAAUAAUGUCUAUGUUUAAAUAAAGUACGAGAAGAAACUAUGUAUAAAUAUGACAAAUUUCAAACAUCAUGAGACGGAAACUAAGUGGUGCAACUCCCAUCAUCUAGAAUGGACUGUACUUCAUUAAGUUAGAAAUAAAAAGUCUUAGUAAUCUGUGCUGUUAAACUAUUUCCAUUUCAAACACAGAGCGGGAUGACCAAUGGCUAUGGGAAAUGUAGGAGACAAUCUAGCGUGACUAAUUUAUUUUAAUCGUAAAUCUUAUUGAAUAGCUAGUAGGUCAACUUAUCAGCAAUAUUGGUAUAACAAUGAUUAAAUCACUUGUUUAGAUAUGGGAUGCAAUCUAUAUGGAAAAAAAAGUUUGGGUAUAUGCAAUUUCUUAUAAAUAAAAUUAGCAGAGCUGAUAAAUCUUUUUACUAAAUGUAAAUGUAUUAAGUUUUGUAUAAAUCUUUUAAUACAAUCAUGUUUUCGGGAUUCAUCAUGCGGCGAUCAGUUCCAAAAUGAAAGAUGGAUGAGUUUAUGAGUUUCGUUCUCUCAUGUUCGAUUUUGCACAGGAACAYCUUUGUUUUGAUGUUUUKAUUGAAACUUAGAGGUACUUGAAGGGUCAAAUUGAUGGUCAGAAGUUUUGUAGAAAAGUUAUCUUUAUAAAGGCUGAUUGAUGCGCUGGACUUACAGGGUCAAUGUCCCCCAUUUGUCAUAGUAUAUUAUUGCACUUGUUCAGUAGAAAUGUCUUUGCAAUCAUGCAUAGUAUGUGUCUGAGCCACACAACAUGACACGACCUAAGGAUUGCUUUCUGAUUCUGUCCUAAAAAUGGAUCUAUUGGUAAAAMACUUUAUUGAUAUCUAUUAUAACAGCAAAGAAUAACGGAAGUGAUAUUGCUAAUAGUGGUCCACGAUUUACUAGCGUUUCUAUGAUUGAUGACAAUUUCAUGAGGAAAUUGCUAUCCCUUUCUAUGAGACACCCUCAAUAAAUGUUUUCAUAGUACUUAAAAACACCAUUAUAAUGCAAUGUGAGUGUCAAUGUCAGCCCCCUAUAAUGCCAUAACCUUUUAAUCAUCAGCCAACUGCAACAAAUCUACCCUUACAUAGUAUUUACUUAUUAAUAAUUACAUUUCCUAUACAAAUUGGCAUAACCAUGUGACAUGCACUUGCUGAAGAUGACUCUAAUAAUGGAUUAUAAAUGUGUUCUUAAUACAGUUUAUUGUGCAUGCACAUCAUGGGGAGUAUGUCCCAAUUAUAUCAAUACAUAGAGAUCAUUAUUUGAAUUUAAACGACUGUAUAUGGCAACAGUAUCUAAGACGUACUGUCCUUGGAAGUAGCCUAGAGUGUGAAGUCCAGGACUGCGUUUAGACAGGCGGUCCAAUUCUGAUAUUUUUUCAAGUAAUUGGUCUUUUGUACCAAUCACAUAGAUCUUUUCACGUCAGAUCUUUUCGGGAACUGAUCUGAUUGGUCAAACGACAAAUUAGUGAAAGAAAUAUCAGAAUUGGGCUACCUGUCUAAAUGCAGCCGCGAGACUUAGGGCUGAGUGAGUCAAGUUCAAUUCAGACAUCCCUUCUAGAUAGUCAACAUGAGGGUGCUAUAGGCUUAGCUAGUCAUUGACCUGAUCUCACACUUCAAAGCAUCUCUUUGRACCUCCUACUAGACUUGAGGUCCACAUUCCAUAUGACUCCAUAUGCCUGUGUCUAAAGCUUUGUGUCUGCAGCUUUUUGCCAAUAAAGUAACGCUAUAGAUAGAUCGACAGCUUGUACUAUUUUCUUUAGUCAAUUAUUCUUACUGAUACAAAGGAAAUGGGAAUUUUAAGCACAAAUGUCCUACUCACCAACAGUCAGUACAUAUUGUAAUAACAAAUGUAAAAGGUUAUCUGUGAUUAUUUACAUAGAGAACACUAACAUGUCACAUGCUAGAGUGCAGAAGAAUUUUCAUAUGAAUAUUUGUGAAUUCAUCAAUCGAUUAAACUGCUACAAUUACGAUUUAUUUUGAGUAAUGCUUUGAUGAAAGGAUUUUAUACAACAUUAAUUUCCUUCUAUCCUUUCCCCUGUGCCCUCUCUCCCUCUUGCAAACUUUCCAACUUAAUUUUGGUACCACAUGGCAUGAUUUUUGUUGAUCUUUAAUUUUGUAUGUUUAAGAUCACAAGUUGCUGUGAUAUUUCAUUUGAAAUUGUGAMGUUUGUACGAUUUUUAUCACGCUGGUGUUGACAUCUCUUACUCUGAAUAAAACUUGUGUUGCAACACUAA